AUGGUGUACCUGCUGCCCAAGCACUCGUGCUUCGAUGAGCACGUCACCUUCUUCAAGUGUUGUCAUUACGUGUUCGAAGGCGACGGCAAUCCUGCAUGUUGGAACAAGGCCCUCGUGUCGGCGAAUAUGAACUACGACUUCUGCUGCAAGCUCUCGUCUUGGAACGAUCACGAUGCAUCCAUCCCGUUCCUGUUUUCGACCUUUCUCCGCGUCGAAUACAGACCUCCAGAUGCUGAUCAGCCGACGGAGCUGGAGAUCCAUCAGCUCGCUGACCCAAAGCUCUCGGCCCAUUCGAUGCAGCUGAAGAUCGGCCCCGGCUGGCCGGCCGGGUUUCUCUGGACAGGAAGCUAUCAGCUACUGAGGUGGUUCGAAUGCAAUGCAGAUCUCGGGCAUCAGUUCUGGGCGGAUGCGGAAUACAUUGAGUUUGGUGGAG